CUUACUAAAAAAAAAACGUCAGCCUCCGGGCGGCAGCUCAACACCACCAGGUUCAUCCAGACACUUCCAGCCGCCGUCGGGACCUCAGCGUCUGUAGGGCACUGCUGUUGACUACAGAGGAAACUCACCUCUGGAUCUGCGAUUUCAAAAAACAUUUACGAUAAUGCCUACAAUUAAACUACAAAGCUCUGAUGGGGAAAUCUUCGAGGUGGACGUUGAGAUAGCCAAACAGUCUGUCACAAUCAAAACCAUGUUAGAAGAUUUGGGGAUGGAUGAUGAAGGAGACGAUGACCCAGUUCCCCUCCCGAAUGUCAAUGCAGCCAUCCUCAAGAAGGUGAUUCAGUGGUGCACCCAUCACAAAGAUGACCCUCCUCCACCUGAAGACGAUGAGAACAAGGAGAAGAGGACAGAUGACAUUCCUGUAUGGGACCAGGAGUUCCUCAAAGUGGACCAGGGCACCUUGUUUGAACUCAUUCUGGCCGCCAACUAUUUGGACAUCAAAGGCCUGUUAGAUGUCACCUGCAAGACAGUGGCCAACAUGAUCAAAGGCAAAACCCCGGAGGAGAUCAGGAAGACUUUCAACAUCAAAAAUGAUUUCACAGAGGAGGAGGAAGCCCAGGUACGCAAAGAGAACCAGUGGUGUGAAGAGAAGUAAAGGGGAAGAUCCUGCCAACACUACCACACUGAAAAGGAUUGUCCCUGCUAACUGGUUGCACUGGCUUUUGUUCAUACUUGUUAAUAUUUACAUUUAGUAUAUUUAGAGCCACAUCCCCCCCCCAUCACUGUCCCUUCAGUUCUGUAUACCAAUAAUAGCAUGACCAUUUUAACUUGCCUGUGUGGUGUCAUUAAUUUAAAACUAAGAAGCUCAUUUCUGUUUCCACACACUCCUGUUGUGUAUUGACAUGAAAAUAAACAGUCCUGGUUUCACGGCUUCAUGCCCUUAAACAUUCAAGGACAGUCCUUUCAGAUUUUCCCACUUAUUAAUCGCUCUAGUUGUUGUUUUUUUUUUUUUUUUUUUUUACUGGACAUGUUUGUUUUAUUUUAGGUUAAAUUGAAUAAAUAAAAUGGCUUUUUUGACAAUGGAAAACGCAAGGGUGAAUACUUUAUUUUUGCUCUGUAAAUGUAUCCGUUUUGUGAAACCAUGUUAAGAGGAGCGGUUUAUAGGAAAAGUGAAGUAUGAGGUAGAGUGUUUUUUUGCAUAACGUUCCUUGGACUCGAAGUACUUGUGUGUUUGUCACACAGCGUUGGGUAACUCGUUCCUAAUUCAUGUUGUAUUGAAUAGGAAAGUUUUCUCAGAUGAGCUCUGAUGCUGGUUUUUGGGAUGAUCGAACGUUGAAGGAGUAAAUAAAACCUAUUAAAUGGA